UGCCUUGGCCCAUGGCCCAUCGUCCAUGGACAUGGACCAGAGGCCCUCACGCUCACGCCUUCCUAGCACGCUGGCAUUGGUAGUACUACAAAAACAGGCGUCGUUUUUCUUUGCCUCCCUCCCCACCUUGUCUGGCUCCCUUCUUCGCUCUCCAUGAGCUGAGCAAGGCUGGGCAGCAACACGGCGACGGAGAAAAAUCUCUUCCCUGGCUCAGAGAUUCCCCCACAAGACCACGGCAUUUCCCCUUGCUACUGACCAAACAUCGCAGCCUUUUCUUUUUGCGAUUUUUCUUCACAUUUUGUAGACACCAACGCCCCUUCCUUCAGUGUUCUGAAUAUAAAUAAAUACAGUAGAUUCAUCCAGCAGAAAAUACAGAACUCUCGGUUUGUUCUGAUCACUCGGUUCCAUCUCCCAAAGCGACCCCGCCGCCAGUAGAUCCAUCCGGCAAGAACUCGGUUCUGCUCCGUCCUUCUGCCGUGCAGAAACGAUCCCGCCGCCUUCAGUAGCGGUAGCAGAAAGCCCUAUCAAGCGAGUGAAGACUCAGCAGCAGGCAAAGAGGUCGAGUCUCCAGCGAUGGCGGCGGCGCUGGAGUGCUGGUCGGGGCGGCCGAGCACCGACGAGGAGAUGGUGGAGCAGGUCCUCAUGAAGCCCCACGGCCGUUCAGACGACUCCCUCCCGACCUGCGCCGACUCUGCCUCCGCCGGCGAGCCGACGUCGGCGCCCGCGCCGCCCAACCCCAAGAAGUGGCAGCGGCUGGGCCGCAACUUUGCCGGCGCCAUCGCCGCGUUCAAGAACACGCUGAGCCUGGAUGGCGGCGGCCUCCCCCGCGACCCCUCGCCUCGGGCCGAGAAGCCGCCGCCGCUCCUCCUCCGUGGCCUCGCGCAGCUCUACUCCCGCGGCGCCGCCGCCAACCAGCAGCUGCCGGAGAAGCUCGUAGCUGACCUCCGCCGCCACUUCGACGCUCUCCCCAACAGCUACGCACAGGCAGGAUUUGACAUGAAAGAUGUCCUCUUGCAUGCCCGCCUUGUAGAGCAGGCGACCGGCGAGGAUCAGCCUGCGGUGAACAUUGAGGAAGUCCAUGGCAGAGGAGCUGGUGAUGAAGGCACUGUUUUCCAGCUAACAUUUGCUUGCACUGCCCCGCUCUCGUGGCAGUCAAUGUCAGGAUCACUAGACAGCCCUUCGUUCUGCUGCAAGAAGAUCCAGAUCUUUGAGAAGAGAGGUCUGACACUUGGUGUCGUCAUGAUACUUGUGCAGACUGGGAACGAGGCGCUCUUCAAGAACCGGGUUGAGUCUGCGCUGAAAUCGGUAGCAAAGAAGCAAAGGAAGAACAGUGGUGGUGGUGUGAAGCUGCCAUUCGGGCUCUGCGGUUGCCAGGAAGAAGGAUCGAGAAACUUCGAUGAGGAGUCGAUGUUUGAUCCGGACGAUGGCCAGGUACUCGACAAUGAGCCGGCGCGCAGGCCACAGCUACCCACUCGCCUACCGCAGUCAUCAGUCUUCGUCUCGGUAGAUGAAUGGCAGACCAUCCGCUCUGGUGGCGAGGAGCUCGGUCGCUGGAUGCUGCGUUCCGAGGAGAUCGAGUUCAUCGAUUGGGUUGGUGCGAAUUCGUUCAGGGGUGUCUAUAGAGGAAAGAAGGUUUGGGUCAACAAAUUGAGGGGCUGUGACAUGGGAAGUGCUUACGAAGUUGAGAUUCGUCAGGACUUGCUGCAGUUGAUGAGUUGUGGCCAGAGGAACAUCCUGCAAUUCCAUGGCAUCUGUUUCAAUGGAAACCAUGGGCUCUGCAUAGUAACCAGGAUGAUGGAAGGGGGAUCAGUUCAUGAUAUUCUUACGCAGAGAAACAAGAGGCUGUCCCUCCGGGACACGGUCAGGAUCGCUCUUGAUGUCGCCGACACUCUGGCUUUCAUGAACAGCUACGGCAUUGCGUACCGCGAUCUCAAUGCUAGGAAGAUCCUGCUGGAUAGGCAAGGGAAUGCUUGCCUCGGGGAUAUGGGCAUUGUUACCCCCUGUAGUAAUGUUGGUGAGGUCACUGAGUAUGAGACGUCUGGGUACCGAUGGCUGGCUCCAGAGAUCAUCGCUGGAGAUCCUGAAACCGUCUCCGAGACCUGGAUGAGCAACGUCUACAGCUACGGAAUGGUGCUCUGGGAGAUGAUCACCGGAGAGGAGGCCUACUCCGCCUACUCUCCGGUGCAAGCGGCCGUCGGAAUCGCGGCCUGCGGGCUGAGGCCGGAGAUCCCCAGAGAGUGUCCUCCUUUUCUGAGGUCACUGAUGAACAGGUGCUGGGACAAUUCCCCUCUGAAGCGCCCUCAGUUCUCUGAGAUCAUAUCCAUCCUACAAAGGCAGCAGAACGUUAGAUAGUGUUCUUUUCUUUUCUUUUUUUCUCUUCCCCCCUUCCUUCUAUAUUAUUAUAUAUGCUAUAUAUCAGUUUGGCUUGGCUGUUUGCAUGCCU